CCAAAUUCUACAGAAACGUACUCUAGAACAUUUACGUCAUUCAUAAGUAUGCCUACUGUACCACAGGCAUUUGUUUCUGUAAAUGACUUAUGACCUCUGUAUACUAAUUAUGUUAUAAUUAAUAUAGAGGUCAUAAGUCAUUUACAGAAACAAGUGCCUGUGUACUGUACUUUUAAAAUCAACAGUCGUUUGGAAAUACAUUAAGAUAUCAAAAGCAAUGUAUAUGCUUAAAAAGGACCCCAAUUUGAAAUAAAUAAAUUAUGUAGAAUUAAGGGUAUUCAUAAGUCAAUGACACAUCACGAAAUUUCGAUAGACGACCUGCCAUGAACCAAUUCUAAUCCCGUCACGCUUCAGCGCCUCUCAUUGAACAGUGUCUUCGCAACGAAGCGUGUAAAUAGCCAGAACAGAGAGUGACCGCACAGAGAACUUGAAUGGCGGUGGACAUGAGAUAGACUGUUAGAUCACAGGGGUCCGUCAAUAUGGCUUUGGAUCGUAUGGUGUUAUUGACAGCUUGUCUUUUGUCGCUCGUGAUAUUUCCCGCCAAGUGUCUCAGAUUGGAUGGAACGUUAUCAUCAAAGGAGAGCUGGGAAUUUUUGGCAAGAUUCUGUUUCCUGUCAAAUAAAGGGUCUCUGAGAUUUGAGUUUGAAUAUCCAGCGGAAUAUAAAACUCAGGAGGUGUUGUUGUACUUUGAUGAAGCUAGCCAAUGGGAAUCUGUGUAUAAAAAGUCAAUGACAUGUGAUCAAAAAGUAGCAGUGUUAAAUCCAGCCAACAACCAAAUUAUUCCUUUGUCCACUCUCUACACCUGGUCUGGGUGCAAAGAGGUGACAGAGAAUGGGGUCACCAAGGUCAAAUGUACAGGAGGUCGUACCUUUCGGUCAUCAAGGGAACGGUGGUGGUUUAUUGCCAUCAGUCGCUGUGACCCAGGGACCACGGGAACGAUUGGUUUGAACCUAAAAUACUCACUACACAUGACAAAUGGCAAAGAAGAUGACAUUCUGAGGCACGAGUUUUCAGCUGAUGAAUUUUAUAUCCUGCCUAUUGAUAUAUCCUUCGCCAUUGUGUAUGUGUUGGUUUUGGGCGUGUCAAUUCUUUUUGCAUACUUGCUGAAACAGAGACAGUUAUUCCAUACGACCUACAAGAUGUACAUGGUGUCUCUGGGCCUCUGGACGUUCAGCCUUCUGCUCUACAGUAUAGCUUACGGAAAAUACGCCAACACGGGCUACAAGGAGACCGGGAUGGAAUACGCAGCGAGAGGCUUUGGAACUUUGAGUUACCUGACUUUUAUUCUGAUGUUGAUUCUGAUGGCCAAAGGUUACACAAUUACCAGGGGGAGACUGACCUCCGCCAGCACCAUCAAAGUCUCGGUUUUCUUCACUCUGUACUUCGUCACCUUUGUUAUCCUGUUUAUCUAUGAGGCAUUGGUGUUUGAUGCAGGUGAGGUUCUGUACCUGUAUGAGAGCCCCCCAGGCUAUGGGCUAAUCACCAUGCGACUGCUGGGCUGGGCGUGGUUCUGUUAUUCCGUGUUCUUCACCCUCAAACAUUACAAGUCAAAAUCCAUGUUCUACUAUCCAUUUUUCAUCUUCUACACCGUGUGGUUCUGGCUGGGCCCCAUUGUGUCUCUGUCAGCUGCUUUUGCCAUGGAAAAAUGGAUCAGAGCCAAGACAGUACACAGUGUAGACCUGUUGAUUGAACUUCUUAGCCACUUGUUUUUCUUAGUACUGACCAGGCCACAAGCAGCCAAUAAGAACUUCCCAUACCAUGUCAGGACAUCACAGAUUGGGUCGUUAAUGGGAACAGGAGAUAACGAGUUGGACAGUUAUAGUGCUCAUCCUUACGCCGAGGACUCGCUGAGCCGACGAACUUCCAUUGACUCUAAGGGCCCUGAUUUCUCUGGCCUCUUUAUCACGUCCAACUCGAGAAGUACAGACAGGCUGGUGCCCAAUGAAAGCUUCAGUGAAUUCCCAGAUUCUGCCAUUAAAGUGGAGACGGCUCCUCCACCGACGUAUAACAGUGCAAUGAAUCCAAGAAGACACAGUGAAAACAUUGUACGGAGGCCAAGUGGUGCAGUGCUGCCCCCUAUACGUCGUAACACAAUGACCUCAACCUCACUGGUGUCAGAAACGUCUGAACCCAGUUCACCAAGGAAGAGCUCCACUGCUGCCCUCUUCACCAUUGGAGAAAAUUGAAAUAUGAAGCCAUUAAUGCUCAUGAAAAACAUAACAGAACCAAAUCAAUAUCUAAACUGUAUACAUGUACAUGAACUGUAGCCUGUAGUGUUCCCUAACCCUCACAUGGUGAUUAUUUUGAUGGGAAAAACAAUAUACAUGUAGAUGUGAUGUAGAAAGUUUCUUAUAUAUAUAUAUUAUAGUGUCUCUGUCUCAUUCAUGACAAGAUGUGGUAAAAGAAAAAUUCUCUGCUACCUAUUCAGGGCGUUUGUACACAUGUAUUGAAAUCAAAAUCUAAAAAUAUUGCAUGGGCAAGGAUUAUUUAAUGAUUGCAUUUUUCAGUUACCUUAUUUGCUUGUUUUGACAGUGUUAUGGAAUAUAAACUUUAAUGACAUACAUGUUUGUAGAAUCCUCUCUCUCUAAACAAAAUUUUAAUCCCUUUAUCUUCACAGCAUACAAACUCCCAAACCUCUCCAUUCACUUGUAAGGAAAACGUUAGUUUCUCAAUAAUGCACUAUGUAGCUAGUAUUGCUCAAGAGCCGUAAUGGCAGUAUUUUGCAUUUCUAUGAAUAUUAUAUUACAAAGGUGUACUGGAUAAUAUAAUUUUAUCCCCACAAUGAAGUGUAGGGGAUAUAUUGGAAGCAGCCUGUUAAUCUGUUGACAUGAAUUUGAUCGUACAUUUGUGAGAAUUUGGACACCCUUUAGUCACCAUAUAAAGAUGUACUCUGGGUAUUUUCAUUAUGAUUGGGCAUUUUUUUCUUCAUUUUACGGGAGUUUUUUUUUUCAACUUCAUGGACUUAAUCAUUUUGUUAUAGAUUUUAUAACGUUUUCUCACAGAGCCUACUGAAUUAGUUUAGGAAGGAAUAUAUUGGAAUGGAAUCGUCUUGUCCAUCUAUCUGUCUGUGGACAUUGUUUAGUCCUACAUUCUCAACACACCCUGGAGCUACAAAACACUCUUAAUGACGUGGUAGGACACCCCCCCCCCCUUGAAAAAUCCAACGAGGGGAAGGGGCGGUUUUAGUUAUGAUUGUUAUGAUUAUAGUAUAUAUAAUUAUAAUUCCAUUAUACCACUCUGGAUGACUUUUUUUAGACUGAUUUUUUGAUGAUCUUGCAGAUUCUGAUGUGUGUUGUGUGUCACUCUCAUAUUGAUACUGACAUCGUUUAAAUCUCGUGAUACAACUAUUGUGCCUUUCAAAUUCCGUCCUAUUGUACCUUUCUAAUUCCGUCCUACAUAUUAAUUAGGCAUUAUUGUUAAUGAAGUGAUAACUGUUUUGUUAUAGACAAUGAAGAGUAGUUCAACAUAUGUACACAAUUAACCAUUUUUGUGUACUAUGUUGAGUUUUUAAUAUAUUUUUUUGUUUUUAUUUAUCUAUUUAUUUAUUUAUGCGAUGCUGCUGGAAAUUAAAAUGGAUAUUGGAAGUACAUAAAGCUUUGAUGAGAUAUUGAAGAAUAUUUUGAAGUGUUUCUGAAAUGUGACAUAUAUAUAUAAAGGUGUUUAACAGGAACAAA